CACGCAAAUCACAAUAGUCAUUACGCACAAAAGUAAAAAUUCUCAGUGUGAUGAUCUUAAUAAAGUGAUUUAAGAUGUGGUAUCUACCAUGGUCUGAAAGCAUUAAAAAAAGAGCCUGCAGAUAUCUCCUACAGCGUUAUCUGGGAAAUUUCCUUGAAGAAAAAUUAACUUUAGAUCAGCUGAGUGUCGAUCUGUACAAUGGCACGGGAACUGUUACCAACGUUAGCCUUGACUGCGAAGCACUUAAUGAACUGGGUGAUAGCCAAAACUGGCCCUUGGAGAUAGUUGAUGGGUACAUGCAAGAGAUAACUGUCACAAUCCCAUGGUCGACGUUACUCAAAGAUGACUCAGUUGUGGAAGUUAAUGGGCUUUCCCUUACUGUACAGCCAAAAGUACGACAAGAACCAGUACCGUCGAUGCUGGAGUCAAUGUGGUCCUCCAUGUCUUCAUCGAUGCAAUUGGCAGCAGAUUGUCUAAGGGAAGAGGAUGGGCCACAGGAAUCAAAUCCCGUCGAAGGGAUUGAAUUGUUUGCUCAUACUAUAGAUUCAAUAUUAAGUCGAGUGAAAGUGAAAUUUGUAAAUACAAAAAUAAGAUUAGAACACGUUCCUAAGAAUGGCGAUAGAGGCAUCGCCUUAGAAAUUUUCAUAAAAAAAAUCGAUUACUUCGAUGAAGCUGGUGUUGAACCAUCUCCAGAUGUGACAGAUCCCGACAAAUCUAAAACAUAUUUAGUGGCCACAUACACAAAUAAGAAAAUCCGCUUCGAAGGUGUAACAUUAUAUACCGACGAAUUCCCUUCUAAAAUGCGUACCAUGGCAAGAAGUCUUAUCAUGGAGAAAUCAAUGUCAUCACAAGCCGACAAAUCGGAAACGUCUCCCGUUGACGAUGUGAACUAUGAAAGCACAACAUCAGACAUCUUUUAUGAGACUCGUAGUGUUAUAUCUACAAUAGACGCUGAACCGAUCAAGGAAGAAGUGCCGGAGAUAAAAAGCCAUAUAGAAAUAAGGGAAAUCACACCCGAAGAAAGAGCUAGUCUACCUGAUCCUAUACUAUUUGCAAAAUUGACAGGGCAACAAGAAUUGACCCUUAAGAUCAAACAUUCUGAAGAAGUGGAAGGACCAAAGGUGGAAGUAAAAAUGUUGCUAGGUUCUCUAAUCGUAUUUAUUUCUCCACGACAAUUGCAUACUUUAAUUGAGCUUGUUGAUGCACUUAAUCAACCUCAAUUAGAGGAUACGAGUAAUAUACCUUUGCGCCCAAGUAACGUAAACAUUCAAUGUAAGCCAAUGAGGCAAGCUGAUUUCCAACUAAUAGAGGCUCAAUUACUUGGUAAUUUAGAAAGACACAAUAGCAAACCGAGCAACGCCAGAUACGGCUGGUCCGGGCCAAGUUAUGAAGACGAUGACAGCGAAAGCGAUAAAUUCCAUCCUAUGACGUCACCGGAUGGCAAUAUGGCGGAGAGUUUCUCUUCAUCCGUGAGUUCCAUGAGCACCAGCAUGACUUCUAGCGUCAACAUACCUUCUGCCCCCCCACGCAUCAAGAGGAAUAGAAAAGUUCCUCAUAUUGACGGUGAUCCCACGGCCGAAGUGUCCCACGUCAGCUUUAGGCUUACUUCAUUGUCCUGCGUUUUAUUACAUAAGGAUAUCCUUGUGACUAAUUCAUCAUGCACAGAGUGCAUAUCUCCAUCUUCCGCGAAUCAGUUACACGAAAUCUCCAAAGAGUUCUUUGACAAUCUAGCUUCCUUCUCUGUAGUUGAAGGCGAUAACAAAGAGUUCUCUAUGACCAAUACUGCUAUAGACAUCGCAAUGAAUCUGAACCAUUUGAGGCUUUUAACGUCAGAAGUGACAAUAGAUGGUAGUGAUAAAACCACAUGUCACGGAAACCAAACCGUGUGCGAAGCUUCAAUAGGAAGGUUUCUCGUUAGAGAGUGCCUUUAUUCUAAAGAUAACGAUAGCAAGCCGCAGGCGUUUGACUUGAUACGUUUCGAACAUAUUGAGGAAGAGGAGAAAAAAACAACUCGGGCAAACAUCAAAGUAAACUUCAAACAGACUUCGAAGUACAUGCGCAUCGCUGGGGAAAAGAAACUAGUCUACCCUACUACGGAUGUUGUUAUGAAAUGUACACCAUUCCACGUGGACGUAGAGUUGACGUUGAUAGAACGUAUGGCGGCAACGUUUCACCGAAAAUCCACCACAUCGAAGAAUACACACCCCGCCAGUUCGCCACCACCAAACAACCAAUUCAACUUCUCAAUGCAGUGCUCAAACUUAGACGCAACUCUAAGGUUCCCAAUAGCCGAUCUCCGACCAAACGUGAACCGUGAGAUUAGACGCAUACGGCCGGACUACCUCGGGUUCGACUUCCAAAAUAUAACAGUCGGAUCACAACAGACACCGAGCGUACGACCGCUGCCCACUACGGUCACAUUGAAGGCGACAAGUGUGGACAUAUAUUACCAUGAAAAUGACACCUUGCCAUCAACACAUAUAGCUCGAACGACGAUGAGUGACCCAAUGGAGGCCAACGUACUAGCUGGCAACGCAAACGCUUCCCUUCUACCGACGAUCUCGCUGACGUUCAAGCCGCGUCAAAACAAAGGGCCGUUCGACACGUUAUCAGACGACGCAGCUUUCGAGCCGGCCGUUACUAAUCCGAUGACGACAUCGAUGUACGUAAUGAAAAAUCUCCAAAGCAACGAGCCCAGUCCAUUUAGUGGCAAGAAAAUGGCCCACCAGAGUGUUGUCAAGCACGAAAAUGAUACGCGAAGUCAAGAAGAAGAACUGAUAGUCCCUGGCACUGAAGAAGAGAUGGCGGAGUUCACCACAAGCGCCAUAGAGCAUUCGUCGGUACACCUUGAAUUCAACUUGCCGAUUCUCAGUUUGCAACUUGAAUCGAAACAACUUUACGAGAUCAUAUACAACCGGAUAAAUUCGGAUCUUCUGUUGUGGGAGCCGCAGUUCGUGGAUCCGUUUGAAAUCAAUCCACUGAUGACCCAGUCUAUCUAUCCCGCCUUUGGAGCUUGUAAAGGCAGUGGUUAUGAUUCUGAAUCAGAGAGCUCUUCAUCGGAAGAAGAGAACCUAUACUAUUCGACUUACGACAACAAAGUGAAGUUUGGCUUAACGGGCAACAAGUCAACUCACACCACAAAGGAUACUCACGACUUCUGUCUCACGCUUAAAGUCAACAAAGGACUGCUUACCAUUUACGCACCUGUCAGAGAUAGUAACAAGCUCGUGGUACCCGGGCAAAUGGGUGAAUUGGUGUUGGAAGCGCGCAAACUGUCAAUGUGCCAAGUGAGCGGUCUAAAUGGCCGCCCAAAGACCGCACAGCUUUGUCUACGAGCUGGCAAGGCGACAUUAUACCACGACCCAAUCAUGACAAUACCAACUGAAAAACCAAACUUGAGAUUGUACGGAACAAGUCUACCCUCACACCUCAAAAGCACUAUCUACCCAUCCAACAAAGGUGUCAUUAUAAAAGAACAAUUGCGAAGUAAAGACAUGUUCUCAAUGGCACUUAAAGUGGCACCAGAUUCAGAAACGCCUAAUUUGAAAACUAUUUGUAUAGCACUUGGCAUAGAGCAAGCAACUCUCCGCCAUAGAGGCGAUAAAGGUAUCGCUUGGCUUACACAAUUAAUGGAUGUAAUAGACGUGCUGGAUUAUCCUGUGCCUGGUUAUACACCUUCUAUUGUACUAUCUGAACUGCAUGUCCAUGUUUGGGAUUGUGCUGUUGACUACAGGCCCCUUUACCUUCCCGUGCGUGCCGUGGUCACGCUCGGCAACUUCAGUGUAUCAAGUAAUCUCAUAGCUGAAACCAACACGUCUUGUCUGAGGUUCCUCGUACAGGAAUGUACGCUGUUCCUCUAUUACAUACACAAUACUAAACCCAAUGUGGCUGUGCCCUUAGACGACGAUAAACACCCAGAUGUCAAUAAAGACUAUAUUUGCGUGGUCGAUUUGGGAUUAUUCGAAUUAUCGUUGAGGAUGAACGAUAAAUCUAAUGGGUCAAGUGACGGCCCUCAAGUGGAUUUGAGCGCUUCGAACAACAUGUUGAAUCUGUACACGUGUUGGGACUCUGCGUCGGCUCUGUGCCGUCUACUGACGUACCUGGCGUCAGACGGCGAUUCCCAACAGCCUUUCGAUCCUUCAUCACGACACACCAGCAUAUGUUCCGAUCAACCAUUAGAACAACUCGUUGGUCUGGACGAUCGGCCGGUAGAAGAAAUACGUGAACUGUCCCCGAGUGAAAUACAACAAGUCAACGAUUUGAUGGCCGAAGCAAUGAAAGAAAGCCCCAACACAACACUUGAGGAAGACGAUCUCAACAGUUCUACAGAAAAGGAGGGUGUAGAAAUAUUCUUCUUCCCCGAUGAAUCCAAUAUGAAGCAGAAACAGGCAGAGCCACCGAUCCAAGAGCAAUCAGAGCCGAAGUCUCUGGAAUUUCACGAAUUCCACGUUGGAAUUGAGGAUGCAGUGGAGACAAAACCUUACAAUGCUCACGUUGUCAGAGAGCUCGGUGAUCCGACUUCGACGCCCAAACCUUCGCCACAGAAGCCCAGACGGAAAAAGACCAGAUCUAGCGAGGGUAGUAACACGGACGAUGAGUAUUGCAUCAUAGACACCCAAUUCAUCGAAGAGGACGAUGAUUUGGCCGAACCUAAAGUAGUUUGGUACGAGGACGGCCCGCCGCCCAUGACCGACAAUCAUUUCAACGUGCCCGCGGCUCGAGCGGACGUGUUACAAGCGCCUAAGAGCUUCCCGCCACCAGUCACCAGAUAUACUCUCUGUGAAAUGUCCGUUGCGUGGACUAUGUAUGGAGGCACCGAUUUCCGACAGACAUCAGAUCCGACACCACCCAAGAAAUCAGUCACUAUUGACGACCCGCGGAAGCAAGGAUCGCCUUCAGUAAGCAAGCGAAGCAAAGAUUAUGAACCUUAUGACACGUCGCGUACUCUCAGCGGCGGUGUCAGUUACUCAGCGGGCUCUGAACGAGCGCGUGCGCACACUAGGGCUCCGCCCCGUCGCGACCUGCGCGAGAGGGGCGGUGCCACCCGUGACCAUAGCACCAGCGUUAAAAUCUGUCUUAACAAGGUGAAAUAUGUCCACGAAACGUAUCCGUCGAGUGGUAAACAUGCCUCCCGGCAUACGCUCGCCAUCCACAAGAUCGAGGUGAUCGACCAACUGGAGAUCAGCGACAUCAACAAGAUGCUCAGCCAGUACCAACUGAAGGAGGAGCCUGAAAGAAAACAUGCUCACAUGUUGGUCGUGAAAGUGGUAUUCUUACGACCGGACCCGUCGAUGAUAGCUCAAGAGUGCUGCAUGAAAGUGUCACUACUGCCACUUCGAUUCAACCUCGAUCAGGAUACGCUCGCCUUCGUCGUCGGAUACUUCUCCAAGCUCGGCACCGACGAGACCUGUGUUGUUCUAACCGCUUCUCAAGUACAAUGGUCCUUCGAGCCGGACAUGCCAGUCCAUAGUAAUAUUAACAACAAGUCAAUUCCAACAGAUGACGAUUCUAAGAGCUUGGGAGGACUGUCGACAGAUUCUAGCGGUUCCCGUCAAACGACUCCCACACAUCGACCGCCCGUCAUGAGCAUCGCCAGCCAUCUCCGCGACCCCCCACCUACCCCCACUUCAUUGGGCGACGUCGACGCCUUAUCGCUAAAUGAAGCUGUAAUUCGCAACGACGAGCCGCUUAUGGAGACAUACGAAGCUGAGCGCCUGGUCUCCGAAAACCUCAUCCAGUUGGAGGAGGACUUUCAGCGGCUGGGGCUCACCCAAGAUAAACCUGCAGUUAAACCUGUGGACAAUGAGCCCAUAGACGACUCGCCGAUCUACUUCCGGCGUGUGGUCUUCUCACCCGAGGUGCCCAUACGUCUGGAUUACGUUGGAAAACGCGUGGAUCUAUCCGCCGGCCCCGUCGCAGGAUUACUUAUGGGCCUUGGACAUCUCAACUGCUCUGAGCUCACACUCAAACGACUCGACUAUAGACUCGGUCUGCUAGGUCUCGAGAAAUUGGUCCAGUGGGCGAUGCACGAAUGGCUGACUGAUAUCAAGCGGCAUCAACUGCCUGGCCUUCUCAGCGGGAUUGGACCAAUGCACUCGCUUCUGCAGCUCAUAACAGGUAUCCGCGACUUGGUAUGGUUACCGGUGGAACAGUGGCGUCGCGACGGUCGCCUCGUGCACGGCCUGAGGAGGGGCGCCGCAUCGUUUAGCGCUCGUACCGCUGCGACAGCGGAAACAGCUUUCGACAUGUUGACUCCUGGUCCAACAUUGCAACUGCAAGCGGCAUACGAAAGCCGACGGCGAAGACGUCGACGCGACCCGUCCAGACAUCCAACUGAUAUUAGGGAAGGAGUGGCCACCGCCUACCAGACGGUCCGAGAGGGUUUCGCGGAGACGGCGGCGACCAUGGCGUUGGCGGCGCGCAGCUCCAGCGGGGUGGGUGUGCUGCGGCACUUGCCCGGCGCCGCGGUGACGCCGCUGGCGCUGGCGGCGGCCGGCGCGGCGGACGUACUGGGCGGCGUGCGGGCACACCUCGCGCCGCACCGCGCCCGCGACCACGCGGACAAGUACCGGAGACACCCGCCCGGUAAGUGGGGCGUACACAUGAUUAGUGUUGCCAGACGUCCCGCAUUUAGCGGGAUGUCCCGCUUUUCAGAACACGUCCCGCCAGACCCCUGAGCGGGACGCCCAAAAUCCCGCUUUAUCAGCCAUACCGGUAAUCACUAUAUGAGUGAACGACUGCCGACUAUGCAUGCGAGGCGCGCGAUCUCAUAGAAAAGAAGUUCCUUUUAUGUUAUGUUUUUGUUUUUAGAGUUAAAUGUAGUAGCGAUUACACUUCCCGAUUUCCUAAAUCCAAUGCGGCAUACAUUGCGUUAUACCAAGGUAUGAGAAUGGACAGUUGCAAACAAAAACGGCAAUGUAUGCCGAGCUAAAUGCGUUUCAAAUUAAAAUUUGAAUGAGUUUCGAUAUUGUAAAUAUUUUAUUCUGUCCCGACUUUUUCACCCCAGUCCCGCUUUUUUUAUGCUAAUGUCCCGAUAUUUAGAAAAACUAAUCUGGCAACGGUACACAUGAUGCUUUUAGCGUUGCAUGUAUAAUCGACUGGAAAACCCUAGCAUAUACAAAUCGUCGGUCCAGUGAUAAACUAUUAAAUCUGCAAUUUUGGCAGUUUUGAGUGAAAUAUGCUAAGACAUUUUUUUUAAUAUAUCCACAAUGUGGGAAAAACCUGUAACUAUAAGUUUACCGAGAUAAAUGUUGUUUAAAAGUGCUUAUCUGCCAAAUCUAAAAUUAGUGCAAAAGUAAACUAAUCAAUGUGAAAAAAUGUUCAGUUUAGCAAAACCAAAAUCUGUUACUUAUAAAAAUAUCACCAUGGUCAACUUGUUA